UUGUAAGAGAUUCUAUCUUUGACCGCCUCAACUCGCCCAAGAAGUGUUGGUUGGGUUUUGUAUUCACAACUAUCCAUCUGGGUCCUCUUGUUACAGUGCCUUCUCUUCUAGGCUUCUAAUUCUUACUUUUUCAAAUUCUAGACCCUAUAAAUGAGCUGUAUUCUGCAUUAUUGUGAAUCACCAAGCUUCCCAAAAGUAGUUCAAAGAUGAGAAACGACCUUGCCCAACAGGGGUUCUCCCUCUUCUUUCUCUCCCUAUGGGUUCUCUUCGUAGAAAUGGGCAUGGCGCAGAACACAACAAUCCCAGUUAACGUGGGAGUGGUCCUUGACUUUGAUACAUCGUCUGGAAAGAUGGGUCUGAGCUGCAUCCCCAUGGCCCUCUCAGAUUUCUAUGCCUCUCAUGGUAACUACAAGACUAGGCUCGUUCUGAAGACUAGAGACUCCAGAAGAGAUGUUGUUGGUGCAGCUGCAGCAGCUCUAGAUCUAAUACAAAAUGAGGAAGUGCAAGCCAUCAUAGGGCCAGGGUCAUCCAUGCAGGCCAACUUCCUGAUUGGCCUGGGAGAAAAAGCCCAGGUUCCCAUUAUUUCAUUUUCUGCAUCAAGCCCUUCUCUUUCUUCCCUCAGGAGUCAAUACUUUAUCCGAGCCACUCUAAAUGACUCAGCUCAAGUACCAGCAAUAAUAGCAAUUUUCCAAGCCUUUGAGUGGAGAGAAGCUGUGCUUAUUUACGUAGACAAUGAGUAUGGGGAUGGAAUUAUACCUUAUAUGACCGAUGCCUUGCAAGGGAUUGAUGUCCGUGUCACCUACCGUAGUGUAAUUUCUCCAUCAGCCACUGAUGAUCAAAUUGGUGAAGAGCUUUACAAGCUGAUGACAAUGCAAACUAGAGUUUUCAUUGUACACAUGGUUACGCCUCUCGGCUCUCGCUUUUUUACCAAAGCAGAUGAGAUUGGAAUGAUGGAAGAAGGCUAUGUUUGGAUACUAACUGAUGGGCUUACUGACCUCUUGAGUACUUUGGAUCCCUUAGUCAUUGACUCAAUGCAGGGGGUGCUGGGCAUAAAGCCUCAUGUUCCAAGAACAAAAGAGCUCGAAAAUUUCAGAGUCCGAUGGAAAAGGAAGUUCCAGCAAGAUCAUCCAAAAGAUGAGACCUCUGAGCUGAACAUUUUUGGAUUAUGGGCGUAUGACGCUGCUUCUGCACUAGCCAUGGCAGUUGAGAAAGUUGGGGCAACAAACUUAAGCUUCCAAAAGACUAAUAUUUCCAGCAAUUCAACGGAUCUUGACACCAUUGGAGUCUCACAAAUUGGUCCAAAGCUUCUCCAGUCACUGUUAAGUACGAAAUUUAUAGGCCUCAGUGGAGAUUUUCAAAUUUUUGAUGGUCAACUACACCCCACAGCCUUUCAGAUAGUUAAUGUGAUUGGUAAAGGGGAAAGAGGGAUAGGAUUUUGGACUCCGAAAAAUGGAAUUAUAAGAAGACUGAAUUUCACAAACGCAACUUCAAACACAUAUUCCACUUCUAAGGACAAUCUAGGAGCAAUUGUAUGGCCUGGAGAACCUACUUAUUUCCCUAAAGGUUGGGUGCUUCCAGUAAACGAGAAGAAGUUGAAAAUAGGGGUUCCAGUGAAGGAUGGUUUUAGUGAAUUUGUAAAAGUGACAUGGGAUCCUAACACUAAUGCAACAAAGGUCACUGGGUACUGCAUAGAUGUCUUUGAUGCGGUGAUGGGUUCACUACCAUAUGCUGUUCCUUACGAGUACAUUCCCUUUGGAACCCCAGACGGCAAGCCUGCCGGCAACUACAACGAUUUGUUAUAUCAAGUGUUUCUAAAGAAGUAUGAUGCCGUGGUGGGAGAUAUUACAAUUGUAGCGAACAGGUCCAACUACGUAGAUUUUACACUACCUUACACUGAAUCUGGCGUAUCAAUGAUCGUGCCCAUCAAAGACAACAAAAGCAAAAGCGCAUGGAUUUUCUUGAAGCCAUUGACUUGGGACCUCUGGGUGACUAGUGCGUGUUUCUUUGUUUUCAUCGGCUUUGUAAUUUGGGUUCUUGAACAUCGAAUAAAUGAAGAUUUCAGGGGCCCUCCUUCACAUCAAGCAGGCACCAUCUUCUGGUUCUCCUUCUCAACUAUGGUGUUUGCACAGAAGGAGAGAAUUGUGAGCAACUUGUCUCGGUUUGUGAUGAUCAUAUGGUUCUUUGUGGUGCUCAUCCUCACUCAAAGUUACACCGCCAGCUUGACCUCAAUGUUAACCGUCCAACAGCUCCAGCCAACCGUUACAGACAUAAAAGAGCUAAGAGCGAAAGGGGAGUAUGUAGGUUACCAACAAGGCUCUUUCGUUCUCGGAUUCUUGAAAAGGAUGAACUUUGACGAAUCCAAGUUUAGGAUCUAUAAUUCUUCAGAAGAAUUAGCUGAACUACUCUCGAAAGGGAGUAGAAAUGGAGGUAUUGUUGCUGCCUUUGACGAGAUACCUUACAUGAAGCUGUUCAUUGCACAGCAUUGCUCGAAAUAUACCAUGGUUCAACCAACAUACAAAUUUGAUGGGUUCGGAUUUGCCUUCCCAAGAGGUUCUCCUCUCGUACAGGAUGUUUCAAGGGCAGUCUUAAAUGUGACUGAGGGAGAUGAAAUGGUAAAGAUUGAGAAAGAGUGGUUUGGGAAAAAAACUAGUUGUUCAGAUGAUAAUGGAAGCUCAAUUUCUUCUAACAAUAUCAGCCUUGAUAGCUUUUUGGGCCUUUUCCUCAUUGCUGGAGUCACUUCAUCUUUAGCUCUGAUCAUAGGUAUUGCCAUGUUCCUGCAUAAACAUAGAGUUGUGGUAAUGGGCGAAGAUUCAGUAUCAACAAAGAUUAAAACCAUGGCUACACGUUUUGAUCAAAAAGACCUCAGCUCUCAUACUUUCAGAAUACCUGACCAGCCAUACAGCGGUAGCACUGAGACUAUGGCUGCAGUUGGUAGCACUGACCCUAUGGCUGCAGUUGGGGCCUCUCCAUCAGUGACUAACUGCUCGCCAAGGCCAUCAACCUUUUCCAACCAAACCAUUAAUGAUUUUUCCCUCUCCGGAGAACAAGGGACCUUUUCUUCAGAGCACGGUGGUGGUCAGAGCUCAACCACACCUAGUAGGCAAUCAUCGCCAGUGAUAGUACCUGCUGUUGAGCUUGUUGAUUUAAAUCAAGAAAGAAAAAGUAAACCUCCAACAUCACAUUAGAACAACUGAAUAUACUUUUUUUUUUCUUUUUGUGUCAUAAUUCAUUGUAGUAACAUUAUCAUUAUAGUUCAUAGCAUGAUAGGAUUGUAAAUCUUGCUGAUUGUUGACAGGCUGAAUUUAGCUCCUGUACUCCACAUUUUCUAAUUGUCAAAUUGGUUGUUAUCUGCUUGUGUAAAUAGUUUAUCAUCAAGGAGGAAACAUUAAAUAAUAUACUUACUUUUGGAA